AUGCUAGUAGACAUCGACACCGAGCCGGACUGUCUCCCACAUCAAAGAAUUACCUGGAUCAAAAUGCCAUCUGAUGCCAAUGCAAGUUACUUAAGAGCAGCUCGAGCUGGACACCUAGAAAAGGCCCUUGACUACAUAAAAAAUGGGGUUGACAUCAACAUUUGCAAUCAGAACGGGUUGAACGCUCUCCAUCUUGCUUCCAAAGAAGGCCAUGUAGAAGUUGUUUCUGAACUGCUACAGAGAGAAGCCAAUGUGGAUGCAGCUACGAAGAAAGGAAACACAGCCUUGCAUAUAGCAUCUUUGGCUGGGCAAGCGGAGGUGGUAAAAGUCUUAGUUACAAAUGGAGCCAAUGUCAAUGCACAAUCUCAGAAUGGUUUCACGCCAUUGUAUAUGGCAGCCCAGGAAAACCACCUCGAAGUUGUCAAGUUUCUUCUUGACAAUGGUGCAAGCCAGAGCCUAGCCACAGAGGAUGGCUUCACACCAUUGGCGGUAGCGUUGCAACAAGGUCACGAUCAAGUCGUUUCCCUCCUGCUAGAGAAUGACACUAAAGGAAAAGUGCGUCUUCCAGCUCUUCACAUCGCUGCCCGAAAAGAUGACACGAAGGCCGCGGCCCUGCUGCUGCAGAACGACAACAAUGCAGACGUGGAGUCAAAGAGUGGCUUCACUCCGCUCCACAUAGCUGCUCACUAUGGAAAUAUCAACGUAGCCACGUUGCUGUUAAACCGAGCGGCUGCUGUGGACUUCACUGCGAGGAAUGACAUCACGCCUUUACACGUUGCAUCAAAAAGAGGAAAUGCCAAUAUGGUAAAACUAUUGCUUGACCGAGGAGCUAAAAUUGACGCCAAAACAAGGGAUGGUCUGACGCCCCUGCACUGUGGAGCAAGGAGUGGUCAUGAGCAGGUGGUGGAAAUGCUGCUCGAUCGAGCUGCCCCCAUUCUUUCAAAAACCAAGAAUGGAUUGUCUCCAUUGCACAUGGCCACACAAGGGGAUCACUUGAACUGUGUGCAGCUUCUCCUCCAGCAUAACGUGCCUGUGGAUGACGUCACCAAUGACUACCUGACUGCCCUGCACGUGGCUGCCCACUGUGGCCAUUACAAAGUCGCCAAGGUUCUCCUGGACAAGAAAGCGAACCCCAAUGCCAAAGCCCUGAAUGGCUUUACUCCUCUUCAUAUUGCCUGCAAGAAGAAUCGAAUUAAAGUAAUGGAACUCCUUCUGAAACACGGUGCAUCCAUCCAAGCCGUAACCGAGUCGGGCCUUACCCCAAUCCAUGUUGCUGCCUUCAUGGGGCAUGUAAAUAUCGUAUCACAACUAAUGCAUCAUGGAGCCUCACCAAACACUACCAAUGUGAGAGGAGAAACAGCACUGCACAUGGCGGCUCGGUCUGGCCAAGCCGAAGUCGUGAGGUAUCUGGUGCAAGACGGAGCUCAGGUAGAAGCUAAAGCCAAGGAUGACCAAACCCCACUGCACAUAUCUGCCCGACUGGGGAAGGCAGAUAUCGUACAACAGCUGUUGCAGCAAGGAGCAUCUCCAAAUGCAGCCACGACUUCUGGGUACACCCCACUCCACCUUUCGGCCCGAGAGGGACAUGAGGAUGUAGCUGCAUUCCUUUUGGAUCAUGGCGCAUCUCUAUCCAUAACAACAAAGAAAGGAUUUACUCCCCUUCAUGUGGCAGCGAAAUACGGGAAGCUGGAAGUAGCCAAUCUCCUGCUACAGAAAAGUGCCUCUCCAGAUGCUGCUGGGAAGAGCGGGCUAACUCCACUGCAUGUAGCUGCACAUUACGAUAAUCAGAAAGUGGCCCUCCUGCUUUUGGACCAAGGAGCCUCACCUCACGCGGCCGCAAAGAAUGGUUAUACGCCACUGCACAUCGCUGCCAAAAAGAACCAGAUGGACAUAGCGACAACUCUGCUGGAAUAUGGUGCUGAUGCAAAUGCGGUUACCCGGCAAGGAAUUGCUUCUGUCCAUCUUGCAGCUCAGGAAGGACACGUGGACAUGGUGUCACUGCUCCUCGGCAGAAAUGCUAACGUGAACCUGAGCAAUAAGAGUGGCCUGACCCCGCUCCACUUGGCUGCUCAAGAAGACAGAGUGAAUGUGGCCGAAGUCCUCGUAAACCAAGGGGCAAACGUGGAUGCCCAGACAAAGAUGGGAUACACACCUUUACAUGUGGGCUGCCACUAUGGAAACAUCAAGAUUGUUAAUUUCCUGCUCCAGCAUUCUGCAAAAGUUAAUGCCAAAACAAAGAAUGGGUAUACGCCGUUACAUCAAGCAGCUCAACAGGGACACACACAUAUAAUAAAUGUCUUGCUCCAGAACAAUGCUUCCCCCAAUGAACUCACUGUGAAUGGGAACACUGCCCUAGCCAUUGCCCGGAGGCUUGGCUACAUCUCAGUGGUCGACACCCUGAAGGUAGUGACUGAGGAAACCAUGACCACAACUACUGUCAUAGAGAAGCACAAAAUGAAUGUUCCAGAAACGAUGAAUGAAGUUCUUGAUAUGUCUGACGAUGAAGUUCGUAAAGCCAACGCCCCUGAAAUGCUCAGUGAUGGUGAAUAUAUCUCAGAUGUUGAAGAAGGAAGGACACUGAAAUCGUUUUCCUUUCUGGGAUGAGUUUGUUUAUUAACCCAACCAAGAUCACAGGGGACAUUUUUCAUUGCUACAUCUGGAAGAGUUCCAAGCCUGAGUCAUGCAUGUUUAUUUAGAAACUAUAUCUAGCCUGGAUUAAGGAGCAGUUUAAAAACUGCGAUCCAGUUUUUUUAAAAAGAAGCACAUCUAGCCACA